ACAGUCCAGGAGAAGGGGAAGUGUUUUAUCCCUCUAUGAAUGACUGAUGCUGUCACUCAGCAAGAGGCUGGCCUUAAGAGAUCCGUCUGAAAACACGCCUUCCCCCUCAUUCCUUCUCUGACAGUCUUGCAGUGAACAUCCAUUCUGUGUAGGAUAAGGAGCUGCAGAGAGAAGUCAAGGCACCAGCUUACGAGAACAGGAAUUGAAAGCUGGGAAGGAAGAAAAUAAAGUUAGAGCAUUGGGAUCUUUUAAGAGUCCACCUUCUAUGAGUGAAGAUGUCCAAGGGUGCAAGGAUUUAGGAACACAAUGUGAAGGAAGACUUCUUCAGCUCCCAUCCUUCAGAAGUGCUGAGAGCUGGAGACCCAGACACAACCUGAGAAUGAGACGAAGGAAAAUUGUAGUUGCAGGCGGCUUCUGCCUGUCCUUCUUCCUUGGCACUUUGUUGAAUUUACUAUGUGUCCCCGGCUUUGACCAUAAUCAUCACUUACAGGAUAGAGGGACUCCUGUACCUUUGGGACAAUCUUGGCAAGACAAUGAGAUAUCUAUGGACCUACUAAAGCAACUGCAGGAUAGGUACCAGGAGGUGAUCCGUUAUAGAGAACAUCAGGUUCCGGUGUCGGCUACAGAAAGGCUUCUGAGACCCUUAGAGCGGAGACUCAUGGACCUGGCCCAGCAAUCCUCUUCUGAACAUAACCAGAAAUUGGAAAGCCCAAAGAGAUCCAGUUCUGAUCAGGACAUAUUAUCGCAGUCACAUCCUAGUUCAAAAAUUGAUCUGUCCCUACAGCCACCUUUGUUGGGUUGCCAGGACAUUAGUAAGGGAAACAGCGUACGGUAUUUGGGCUCGGGCUACACGAAAGCUGUUUAUAAAUUGGUGUUGAAUGACACUGUGUCGGUAGCACUGAAAUCUGUCGAUUUUGGGGGACACGACAUACAAAAUUGCCUUAAACGUUACAGAACUUUGGAAGAUUGCUAUAGGUUGGCAUCCUUCAAGAUUGUCAAAGAAAUGAUCUUGCUGCAAAGACUUCAGCAUCCAAACAUCCUUCAGCUUUAUGGAUACUGUUAUCAAGAGAACAAUGACAUAUCUGAUACUCUGACAACUAUCAUUGAACUGGGUUCUCCCCUAGAGAUGAUUCAGCUCUUACAAUCUUCUUGGGAGGACAGAUUUCGAAUUUGCCUCAGCUUAGUACGGUUGUUGCAUUACCUGGCCCACUCCCCUCUUGGCUCCAUUACUCUGUUGGAUUUUCGCCCUCGUCAGUUUGUAAUUGUUGAUGGCGAAUUGAAAGUGACCGACUUAGAUGAUGCAAGCAUGGAGGAGACACCAUGUGCAAGCAAUGAGGACUGUUUCAUGGAAUUCCCUGCAAGGAACUUUACACUUCAAUGUUCUGUUGAAGGAAAAUGUCAAAGCAUGAAUGAGAAGAGGAACCUCUAUAACGCCUACAGGUUUUUCUUCACUUACCUCCUUCCUCACAGUGCGCCACCUUCCCUCAGGCCAUUGCUGGAUGUUAUAGUGAAUGCAACAGGCGAACUGCGCUGGGGAAUCGAUGAAACUGCUGCACAGUUUGAAAAGGCCCUUUACUUAUACAAGAGCGGCUUAUACCUGUCAAAUGUUACACAUGUACCUACAGCUGAAUAUAAGCAAGUGGAAGAUGUUUCAAUACUUGACGAAGACUACAGAUGUUGGCCAUCAUACCAUCAUAAUGGAUGUCUCCUUUCCGUGUUCAAUAUAAAUGAAGCCAUAGAAGUUUGUGAAAGCCAUUCACAGUGCAAAGCUUUUAUUUGGAUGAAUCAGACAACCUGGACUGGGCGGCAACUUGUCUUCUUCAAAACAGGCUCAAAAAAUGUUGUGCCUGAUGAGAACAAAAUAACCUACCUGAAAAUGACUGCUUGACGGAAGUGAUCCAAUUAUGGUCAUUUAGAAUGGAUUGAAUCGGAGAAAAAUGCACUAUUAUUCAUUCUAAUUUCUAGAGUGCUAUUCAAAUUUACCUGAAUUUACCAGGGUGGAUGUGCAAUAAUUAGCAUUUUUUUUAAAAUGUGAUUUGAAAGACAAAACAAUGUGACACACUGUUAGAAAUGAAGAUAAUGAAUAUAGUGAUUAUCUUUAACUGUAUAUAGUGCUAUUUCUGCAGUGAAGAAGAUUGGCAUUUGGUGAUAUAUGGAUUGACACCAAUGUCAGUAGGCUGCUGGCUUUUCAUUCUGUGUGACUGUCCAAUGGUGCACUGGCAAUUUGUGCCUAGUGUGUAAUAUUUCCUCUUUUUUCUACAGGGAUGAAUAAUUAUUUGUUAUGUUAUACGUGUGUGUUACUUUAAUUGUAAAUUAUGAGAUUUCAAUGAUAAAACAUCUUAAUUUAAGAUGUUGAACCCUGGGAAUUCUAGCAAAACAAAGCCAUAACUCAUAUGUGUCAAGACAUCCAAAGAGGUAUAAAACCAUUAUAUGGAUAAAAAAAAAUUGACCCAUAUAAUGGUUUUAUACAAAACUCCUAUACAAAGUCCAAGUACUUGUUAAAGGGGUUCUCUCAUCAUGGACAAUGUGGGCAUAUCGCUUGGAUAUGCUCCCAUUGUCUUAUAGGUCCGGGUCCCACCGUUGGGACUUGCACCUAUAUCGAG